CUCUCUUGAGAGGUUUGUUAUACAAGUUAUCGUGCCUUUGAGGCUAUAAAAGGGAAACAGAAGGCGACCCCACAUCAAACCAAAUAUACUCUAGCUGGUAGCCUGGUACGCAUGGCUUUGAUGCAGAUGCUUCGCUUCCCCAUUUGGAGAAAAAAAUCACCGAUCCAGCUGCUGCUAGCUAGUGGUAUGUGUGGUGUCGCCACGAACAUCCGUGUGCGAGUUCUGAAUGUCACCCAUGUCCAGCCGGCGCAAACCACCAAUCUGCCGCGACAUGGUGCCAUGAUCAAGCUCUCGCCCUUCGACACUUGUUUCCUCGCGCUCCGGCCGGCCCAGGUGCUCUUCUUCUACGACGGCACGAGCCUCCCGCCGUUCCCAUCACUCGUCAGCUUGCUGCGAGUCUCCCUUGGCGCCACGCUCGGUAUCUUCGCACCCUUCGCCGGCAAGGUCACGGCCUGCUCCGAUGACCAUGACGUCGUCAUCGACUGCUCCCCGGACCCGGGCGUGAAGUUCGUUGAGGCAGAGUACUCUGGCGACGCCGCCGACAUGCGCCGGCUAGCCCGCGACAAAGAGCACGACACCGAGGCGUUCUUGCAGCUUGUGCCAGAGCUCGAAGUGGGCAGGCUGCCUGCCCCCGCGUUCGCGGUGCAGGUCACGCGCCCGGCAGACGGAGGCGGCGCCGUAGCGGUUGGGGUGGUCAUGCACCACGCGGUGGCCGACGGGCAGUCCCUGUGGCAGUUCAUGCGGGCUUGGUCGACCAUGUCGCAAGAGGGCUCACUGGCCGUCGCCCUUGCGCCGACGUUUGACCGGACGGGGAUCCUGCGGCACCCUAAAGCAGAGGCUGCGGCGCGAAAUUUGGCUCGGUUCUCCGCGCCGGAGUUGCCCAAGGUGAACAGGUUCCCAGAUCCGGACUGGAGGAGGCAGAGUCCACGAACCUACCUUCUCACCGCUGGCCAGAUCAAGUCGCUGAAGCAGCGCAUCCUAUUCCUGCAGAGUCAAGCCACCACCAAGAACGGCGACGGCCCACCAGAGCCACCAACAACCUACGUCGCCAUCGCAUCGCUGCUGUGGACAUCCAUCGUCCGCGCCAGGUCCGUGAACAGCGCCGCCACGCUCGACGACGAGUACCUCUCGUUCCCCGCGGAUUACCGCCGUCGCUUGCACCCACCUCUCGAACCCGGCUUCUUCGGCAACUGCAUCAAGGUCCACUACGUGCGUGCCACGACCAGCGACCUCGUCUGCCGCAGCGUCAACAACGACAACGGGCUCGUGCGUGCUGCAGCAGGGUUUGGGCGGGCGAUGCGUGAGCACGUGGAGAAGGAGGACCCGCUGGGCGACGCUGACCGGUGGGUGGAGAUGAUCCAAGGGCUAACGCGGGAAAGGCUCAUGGUGUUGGGGGGGUCCAACCGGCACAUGAUGUACGAGGUGGACUUCGGGUGGGGGCAGCCGAGACGGGUGGAAUUUAUCUUGAACACAACGCUUUUAGGGGCGUCGGGCGGCGCGGUAUAUGUGUCCGUGAACCUUCAUCGGGACCACGUGGAUACCUUUGAGGCCAAUUUCCUAUCGCAUGUUUGAGAGCAUGCUGUUAGGACGUGUUUGGUAGCCCGGGUCAACUGAGAACGACUAUCUCUUCUCAUACAUGAUGACCCUAUAAAAGUUGGAAUAAGAUAAGAUGUUAUUUGGUAUCA